AUGCUGAGAUCAUUCACAAGAAAAAUUAAACUCAUUGCAUCAAAUGGUUUGAUCCCCAAGCCAGUUACCUCUGUUCUCCACUAUUCAACUUCUUCUUCAAGAAAGUUAGAAGGCAAAGUCACGGUCAUAACAGGCGGGGCAAGCGGCCUAGGGAAGGCCACGGCGGAGGAAUUUGUAAACCAAGGUGCUCAAGUCAUCAUUGUAGAUAUAGACGAAGAGGCUGGUUGUAUGGUCGCUACCGAACUUGGCUCAGCCGCAACUUUCAUAAAAUCUGAUGUCACUGUGGAGGAACAAGUCGCUAAGGCCGUGGAAACCGUCAUGGCUCGCCAUGGGAAGCUCGACGUAUUGCUCAAUAGCGCUGGAAUAUCAUGCUCCAUAUCACCACCAAGCAUAGCGGACCUAGACAUGGACGUAUACGACAAAGUGAUGCGGCUCAACGUGCGAGGCACCGUCCUAGGGAUAAAGCACGCGGCCCGAGCCAUGAUCCCCGCUGGCUCAGGCUCCAUCCUUUGCCUCUCCAGCAUCAGCGGCUUGAUGGGUGGGUUAGGCCCACAUGCAUACUCAAUCUCUAAAUUCACAAUACCGGGUGUGGUCAAGACGGUAGCUAGUGAGCUGUGCAAGCACGGCAUAAGGAUCAACUGUAUAUCGCCCGCGGGGAUCCCAACGCCUCUAACACUGAGGAUGUUUCAAGAAGUGUUUACCGGUCACAACAUUCCGGAGGAACAGCUUGUGGCGAUUGUGAACGCAGGAGGAGAGUUAAAGGGAGAGAAGUGUGAAGAGAGUGAUGUAGCUAAAGCGGCUUUGUAUUUGGCAUCGGAUGAUGCUAAGUUUGUGACGGGACAUAACCUUGUUGUUGAUGGUGGAUUUACUUGUUUCAAGUCUCUUAAUCUCCCCUUUCCUUAA